AUGAAUUUAGCAGUAAAAAAUGAAAAUGUUAUUACAAAUGGUUCUACAAACUCUACAACUGAACAGGAUGGAAAGGUUUUUGUCGGACCAGGAGCGAAAAAAGAGGCUGGAAUUGUCGGUUUAGGUUUAAAUAAACUACGUUCUUUUCAAAUUAUUGAUCUGGAAAGGGCCAAGAAAUAUGCAAUUGAUCAGUCCAUUAGGUUUGUUAUGGAAAAGCAAAGAAUGGCACAUCAACAACAGCAACAAAAAGUCGCCCUUUACUCUCAAGCAUUGGCUCUAAUGUCCAGAAUUUAUAUUGGGUCAGUCAAUUUUGAUGUAUCCGAAGAUCAAAUUCGCACUGUUUUUGGCAUUUAUGGACCUAUCAAAAAUGUUAAUAUGUCUAUUGAUCCAACGACUGGGAAUCACAAAGGAUUUUGCUUUAUAGAGUACGAAGUACCGGAAGCUGCUUUUCUUGCAAUUGAUGCAAUGAAUGGAAAAUUUCUGGGUGGUAGAACUAUCAAAGUUAUGCCGGUCGGACGUCAAGAUUCCACCCCUCAAGCACAGCCCAUAAUUGAUAUGGUUAUGACAGAAGCCCGGCAAUACAACAGAGUUUUUGUUGCAUCUGUUCAUCCAGAUAUAACUGAACAAGACUUGCGAAGUGUUUUUAUGGCUUUUGGGGAAAUAACUAAAUGCCAACUAGCUAAACACCCAAUCUUGAAGCGUCACAGGUUUUUUACAUUAAAAAUUUUUCUAAAAAUUUUUAGGGGAUUUGGUUAUAUUGACUUCAAAACUAGUGCAUCUGUCAAGGAAGCAGUAGAGGGGAUGAAUGGCUUCGAUUUAGGAGGUCAAAUCUUAAAGGUAGGACGUUGUGUAACUCCACCUGACGCCCUUCAUUACUUGAGUUCUGGUGGAUCAACUUCUGCACUACCGGCCGCUGCCGCCAUUGCACAAAAAUCUGCGACAUCCUCUGGAAGUUCGCAAUCUACAGGUCGUCGGAGAGGUUUUGGUGGAUUCGCUGGUUCUGUUCAACCACCGGCUAUUGUUCUACCCUUACCUGCAGUAUCAAUUACACAACCAAAGUCUGCUUCAUCAAAUGCUUCUGGUGUUACGACUCCAGCAGUAACUGCGCCGGGACUUGUCAUUCCACAACUUGGAAGCAAAGAAACAGUAGCUACUUCACAAAUUAAAAUGGAAGUAGAUUUACCCCAGGUUAAGAAGGAAGUAAACGAACCUCAACCAAAAAACAAUCUUGAAUCAUCCCAGAUCAAGGAAGAUGUUAAUGUACCUCAACCCCAAAAGGAUAUAAAUGUUGAUUCAUUUUAUUCUGCUUUGAAUGAUGACACAUUUGAACCGCCUAAAUUAGCUAUCCCACCUCAAUUACUACAAACAGCUGCUGAAAGUCAACCUGAACAACAAAAAGCAAAAAAGCCAAAACUUGAUUUUCUUGAUCGAAUUGGAGAGAAGGUUAAAUCUAAAUUUGUUUCUUUUGAUCCAAGUAAGCCGGCAUCUUUUUUGCCUUCAGUUCCAAAUACUUCGAAGGAUUCAGAUGAUGAAGAAGAACCACCAGAAACUCAAUUGGCAAUUGGUGGUCCAGAAGCUUGGACAGCUUUGGCUAUUCGCGAGGAUACAACUAUUGCAAAAACAAAGACUGAAGUUGCUCCAAAACCUAAACAAAAAAGCGACAAGAAUAAACAAGUUGCUCAUAGAAGGAAAGGAAAAGGCAAAAAGACAAAAUAUUCUUCUGGUCCGAAGUUAAAUACAGCAACAAAAAUUGCAGCUGCGAACGUUGCAGGAGCCCUCAGUGAUCAGCUGCAAACGCAAAGAGAAGAAAAAGGCGAAGAAGCUUCUUUGGCCUCUCAAGAGCAUGUACAAAUUCGUGGAAAUGAUGCAAGGCAUUUAUUGAUUCAAAAAUUGAUGAGAACAAAUCGGUCGUCAGUAGUUUUGUUAAAGAAUAUGGUUGAGCCAAAGGAUGUGGAUGAAUUCUUAGAAGAUGAAAUAAAAGAAGAAUGUCAAAAAUAUGGAACUGUUACUGAUGUUAGUAUAGUUGUAAUUGUCCAAGAAGAAGACACACAAACAGUUAAAAUCUUUGUCAGAUUUUGUGAACCAACACAGGCAGAUGAAGCAAGGAAAGCUAUUGAUGGACGUUAUUUUGAUGGACGAACUGUAAGUGCACAAUCCUAUGACCAAGUACUGUUUGAUCAUGAUGAUUUUACUGGAUAA